AGCGUAGAGAUAUAUUACACCCCCUCCCGUCUGGAGCAAAAUGAAUAUCCCAAGAUGUGAAACGACCAACUCGGCGACGUCGUCACAACUACUCGUACUAUGUCGGACCGCCAAGUCGUACUCUACGCUUCUAUCAGACCUAGCUCCAUACAAGAACCUCACGAACAGCCUAUCCUAAGCCCAGAGUUAUUGAUCCCACACAUCGAACAUCUAGACGACCCCUUCGUUCCCGCCAGUAACGCCGCCUACUUUCUCCAUAUCGACCCUUCUUGGAACGCCUUGCAACUCAGGACCGCCUAUUCUCACCUUCUCCGUGCUGACAACGAUGGCGAACGAGAACACCCUGAGUUACUCCUUCACAACGUAGCUCAGCCAAGCUUCCUCGAUUUUGUUCAAGCGGUAGAGAUCGGAUUCAAGCACCUGGAAGAGCGUAAAUCCAGAUUCGAAUCCAGCGCCGGAGGGAGUUUGACUUUGCAAGAGGUGAUCGAAAGCGCAGGAUGUACCCGGUGGUUGACCGAGGGAGACGUCGAGAGGGUGUUAGAUUGGGUGGUGAGCAGAGGAAGAGAGAUGGACCUAGACAUAGGAUAUGAGGUCCCAGAAGGAUAUCAGGGGAUCGUACUCAACCAGCAUCAAUUCGUGCACCGUCAACCGUCUCGCUCUCCCUCGCCCGCUCGACCGAUCGGUGAACAAGAUCGAACAGGCGCUUCCCGUAGUCCCUUUCGUCGAGAAGGCGGUCAAUCCGACAAUGGCAACGACGGCGACGACGUCGAUGUCGAGCAUCGGCUUCAUCGCGACCUCGCCUCUCUCGACCUGGACAUGACCGGUAGUACGGCCGACCGAGCUAUUGCGCUCUCAGACUCGGAUUCGGACGACGACCUCGCCUCCCCCAAAAAGAAGAGACGACCUCGGGCCAGCAGCGAUGACGAGCUGGUCGUGACUUCGAGCCCGACCAAGAAACAGCGCGUUACGGUCAGGGAAGAUUCGGUCGCUUACGUCCCUUCUCGUACUCCGACUCCAUCUCCAUCUGGUUCGCCGCCUCCCUCGACUACCCCCCCGCCCACUCGGAACAGGUCCGGUUCUCCCGCUCGACGUACUCGAUGGACAGCAGCGCAACAGUUCGCCAUGGUCUCCCUGCUAUACACUACCGGCUACGAAGGCGCAGACUGGGAGUACAUCGCAGGGCGCGUCAAUGCUGCGAAUCCUCUAGGACCGAGUAAGACGAAGACGAGGGUCAAGUCGGCGAUGAGGGAGACCCAUUGGGCGGGCUUUUUGAGGAACAACGCCAAUAUAGAGGGGAGGACUGAGGCGGGGGAGGUUGGGAUGAUCAUGCCCGACAUGUCGGGACCGGCACCGUCCAACAAGCCAGCCUGGACGGCGGAACAAAAGGAGAUUGUUUGGGCAGAGACCUUUACGCACGGGGAGAGGCAUGUGAAUUGGAGGGACGUCGCCGAGGCUGUCAACGAGGCUGCGGCGGGGCAAGAGAGUCUUUACCGUAAAUCGUUGGACUGCGAGAAGACGUGGAAAGAUACGCUCCGUAGGCAUUUCGGACUUCAGGGGAGGCGGCGAUAAGGCAGUUCGAGAGGGGUGCUGCUCGUCCAGCUCGGUCGGACUGGAUUUGUGAAGAAGAGGAAUGCAAUACAACUCAAAAUCAAAUACGAGACUAUGUACCGGUGCGACAAAGUCGGCUCGUAGGCUACAUCGGGCUGGAGGAUACGAUCUUU